UAUUCCACCCUCAAGGUGAGUUUCAGAAAUUUUCUCCUCCCUUCUAUUCUAUCCCCACUUUUCAAUAUCCACAAAGAAUUGACUUGGAUGCAAUAUUCAUAAAAAUAUGCGUAUGUGAACAGUGCCGACCGUGUAUCACUGUUCAAAAACCCAAAAAAUGGGGGAUUUGCGAUAGGUUUCGGAACGUGGUUGGAGGUGAUUCUUCCCUCAAUUUUGCGUUUUCCAGUACCGUCCCCAAUUUUGAGACACAGCCCCAACUCCAAUUUUGAGAGAGAGACAGGACAACCCGCCUCCUCCGCCAUCCCGCAGUAUCAAGGAUUAUUUAUCAUGGUUGAUGAAUCAUAACUCUGCUUUGGUGUGCUACUCAUUCAUGCUAUGUCAAUGACAAGCUCUUUGAGAAAGCUCGCGUCCUGCGUUAUCCUUGAUUUGGAUGGAACACUUCUUAAUACAGACGCCAUUGUGCACGAUGUCUUGAAGGCUUACCUGGUAAAGUAUGGAAAGCAAUGGGAUGGAAGAAGAUCUGAUAGAGUCGUUGGAAAGACACCCUAUGAAGCUGCAACUGCUAUUGUUGAAGAUUAUGAACUUCCCAUAACUACAAAUGAGCUUUUAUCAGAACUUUCUCCAAUAUUCUCCGAGAAGUGGUGCAGCAUCAAAGCCCAACCUGGCGCCAACAGGUUAAUUAACCAUUUGAGGAGUCAUGGCGUGUUGAUGGGCUUGGCUUCAAAUUCCUCAAAGGAAAAUAUUGAAACUAAGAUUUCUUAUCAUCAUGGAUGGAAAGAAUCGUUCUCUGUCAUUUUAGGUGGUGAUGACGUCACUUCUGCGAAGCCAUCUCCUGAGAUAUAUCUUGAAGCUGCUAAGAGGCUGGAGGUAGAAGUUGCAAGUUGUCUUGUCAUUGAAGAUUCACUGCCGGGUGUUGCUGCUGGUAAGGCUGCUGGAAUGGAAGUGGUUGCUGUUCCGUCACUUCCUAAACAGUCCCAUAAUUUCACCUUGGCAGAUGAGGUGAUUAAUUCCCUCCUAGACUUGCGACCGGAAAAGUGGGGCCUACCCGCAUUUGAAGACUGGUUGGAAGGUACUUUACCAAUAGAACCAUGGUACAUUGGUGGUCCCGUCAUCAAGGGCUAUGGCCGUGGUUCAAAGGUUCUCGGGAUUCCUACAGCUAAUUUGUCGACUGAAGGUUACUCGGAUCUCCUCUUGGAGCAUCCUUCUGGUGUUUACUUUGGGUGGGCUGGACUAGCAACUCGAGGGGUUUACAAGAUGGUAAUGAGCAUAGGUUGGAACCCUUACUUCAACAACACCGAAAAGACAAUUGAGCCAUGGUUGCUUCAUGAUUUUAAAGAAGAUUUCUAUGGUGAAGACCUACGUCUUGCUAUUGUCGGCUACAUACGGCCUGAGACCAACUUUUCGUCGCUCGAGAGCUUGAUAGCAAAGAUCCACGAGGACGGAGAGAUUGCUGAGAAAGCGCUUCAACUUCCCCAGUAUUCCAAGUAUAGGGAUGAUCCAUAUUUCAAAAGUUCCUAACACAGUUGCCAGUUUCUGGAUGAAAAAUUCAGACUAAUGUUAUUACUCAACUCAUCAAUUUAUCAGAAGGCGAAAAAUGUGAUGGAUGAAUGCUUCAAAGUAACUCAUUUUUAUUUGGGGAUUGUAAUUAAAGAAAUAUCUUCAUAUUAAAUAAAUUAUACUCAUUGUAAUUCAGCUAUGAACCCUUGAUCAAUUGGAUUGUAGUAGCGCCGAGUAUUAUAUUCACAAGAAUUCUAAGUAAAUGAAUGUGAGUAUCGAAUGAUCAUUUUUACCUCUA